CAGAAGCCCCACCACCCCACGCCAGCCUCUCCCAUCACCACUGGGUUUGAAGAGGCGCCCCAGCCCGCCCGUCCUCCGAUAGGAGGGGCGGGGGGCUCUUCGAGGAGGUCUGGGCCUGAAGGAGCCAGCCAGUGCUGGGGCAUGUAGGAGGAGCGCCACUGACCGAGACCUGGACCUCCUGCGAAGCGCAAAGCAUGAGUGCUCGAGGGUCAAGGCUCUCUAGGCCUUCAAAGGUGACAGUCUGAUAAAUUAAUCCAUCCUAAUGGGAGAAGGCUAGAAGUGAUCCCCAGGGACCUCCAUCUCUUCCCAGGAGGAGAGUCAGAGAUGGGUGAUUACAUGGAGACGCUAAAGGAUGAAGAAGAUGCCCUUUGGGAAAAUGUGGAGUGUAACCGCCAUAUGCUAAGCCGAUACAUCAACCCAGCCAAGCUGACCCCUUAUCUGCGCCAGUGUAAGGUCAUCGAUGAACAGGAUGAAGAUGAAGUGCUCAGUGCUCCCAUGUUGCCUUCCAAGAUCAACCGAUCAGGCCGACUAUUGGACAUUCUUCACACCAAAGGAGAAAGAGGAUAUGUGGUCUUCUUGGAGAGCCUGGAAUUUUAUUAUCCAGAACUCUAUAAACUGGUGACAGGGAAGGAGCCCACACGAAGGUUUUCUACCAUUGUCGUGGAGGAGGGCCAUGAAGGCCUUACUCAUUUCCUGAUGAAUGAGGUUAUCAAGCUGCAGCAGCAAAUGAAGGCUAAGGAUGUGCAGCGCUGUGAGCUCCUGGCCAAGUCCCGCCAAUUGGAAGAUGAAAAGAAGCAGCUGACUCUGACCCGGGUGGAGCUGCUGACUUUCCAGGAGAGGUACCACAAGAUGAAGGAGGAGAGAGACAACUACAAUGAUGAGCUGAUCAAGGUGAAGGAUGACAACUACAACUUGGCGAUGCGCUAUGCCCAGCUAAGCGAGGAGAAGAACAUGGCGGUGAUGAGGAGCCGGGACCUUCAGUUGGAGAUUGAUCAACUGAAGCACCGCUUAAACAAGAUGGAGGAGGAAUGCAAGCUGGAGAGGAAUCAAUCGCUCAAACUUAAGAAUGACAUAGAGAAUCGGCCCAAGAAGGAGCAGGUUCUGGAACUGGAGAGGGAGAAUGAGAUGCUGAAGACAAAAAUCCAGGAGUUACAAUCGAUUAUUCAGGCUGGAAAACGCAGCCUGCCAGACUCAGACAAGGCUAUUUUGGAUAUCCUGGAACAUGACCGGAAAGAGGCUCUGGAAGAUAGACAGGAGCUGGUCAACAAGAUUUAUAACCUGCAGGAAGAAAUGCGUCAGGCAGAGGAGCUGAGAGACAAGUACUUAGAAGAGAAAGAAGACCUGGAACUAAAGUGCUCAACCCUGGGGAAAGACUGUGAUAUGUACAAACACCGCAUGAAUACUGUGAUGAUACAACUGGAGGAAGUAGAGAAAGAACGAGACCAGGCAUUCCACUCUCGUGACGAAGCACAGACACAGUACUCCCAAUGCUUGAUUGAGAAGGACAAGUACAGAAAGCAGAUCCGAGAGCUGGAGGAGAAAAAUGAUGAACUGAGGAUUGAGAUGGUCCGGAAGGAAGCCUGCGUCGUGAACCUAGAGAGCAAACUCCGGCGCCUUUCCAAAGACAUCACUGGCCUUGACCAGAGUCUUCCCCGGAAUCUUCCAGUAACUAUUAUCUCUCAGACCUUUGGAGAUUCCAGCUCUAAAGCCAAUGGUCAGGAGGCAGAUGAUUCAUCAACUUCUGAGGAUUCACCAGAGGACAGCAAAUAUUUCCUGCCCUAUCACCCCCCAAAGCGGAGAAUGAACUUGAAGGGCAUUCAGCUGCAGAGAGCUAAAUCCCCCGUCAGCAUGAAGCGGGCAUCAGAUUUUCAAGAAAAUGGAAUGGAUGCCAGCAGCAACUCCUCCAAUCCUCUUUCCAUUGACAAUUCUCUCAACAAACUGCUGCCCCUUAGAAAUCGCAACAGUAUCAUGUCUAUCACUGCGGAACCUCCAGGAAAUGAUUCCAUUGUCAGAAGAUGUAAAGAAGACACGCCUCAUCGUAGUAUAGUUGAAGAAGAUACUGACAGUUUUGGAUUUGAUGCCUUAGAUCUAGAUGACGACAGCCAUGACCGCUACUCCUUUGGACCCCCCUCCAUCCACUCCUCUUCCUCUUCCCACCAGUCUGAGAGCCUGGAUGCUUUUGACCUUGAGCAAGUCAACAUCAUGUUUAGGAAGUUUUCUCUGGAAAGACCUUUCCGUCCCUCUGUCACAUCUGUUGGUCACAUCAAGACCACAUGUCAUCCGGUGCAGCACACAACCCUGAACGGAGAUAACCUCAUCACUGAAAUCACCCUGCUGGGGGGAAAUGAUCGAGGCAGCUUCAUUCACUCUGUCAAGCCAGGAUCCCUGGCGGAAAAAGAAGGCCUCCGGGAGGGACACCAGCUGCUACUGCUGGAGGGCUGCAUCAAAGGCGAGAAGCAGAGCGUUCCCUUGGAUACUUGCACAAAGGAGGAAGCACACUGGACAAUUCAGAGAUGUAAUGGCCCCAUCACACUGCACUAUAAAUUCAACCAUGAAGGUUACCGGAAGCUGCUAAAGGACAUGGAAGAUGGCCUGAUCACGUCAGGGGACUCGUUUUAUAUCCGGCUAAACCUGAAUAUCUCCAGUCAACUUGACUCCUGUUCUAUGUCAGUGAAGUGCGAUGAAGUGGUACAUGUUCGUGACACAAUGUACCAGGAUAAAUAUGAGUGGCUAUGUGCUCGGGUUGACCCAUUCAACAACAGGGACCUGGAAAUGGGAACUAUCCCCAGCUACAGAAGAGCCCAGCAGCUACUUUUGGUGAAGCUUCAGCGGUUGAUGCACAGAGGGAAUAGGGAUGAAUCAGAGAACUCUCACCACACGCUAAAGGCCCUGCGGAACACACUGCAGCCUGAGGAGCCUCUUGCAAUGAAUGACCCCCGAGUAAGCCCCCGUCUCUCAAGAGCAAGCAUCCUGUUUGGUCAGCUCAUACAGUUUGUUAGUCGAUCUGAAAACAAAUACAAGAGGAUGAACAGCAAUGAACGGGUCCGUAUCAUCACUAGUGGCCACCCAGGGAACUUGGCCCGGGCCUCACUCGAUGUUAUGAAGCCCUUGUCAGAGAAGCAUGAAGAUGUGGACUCUGAAAAUGACCUCAACAAGAGACUCAACCUGAUCCCAUAUAGCUCGGUGCGCUCCUUCUACUCUGAGCGCCGACGGCCUGUUCUCUUCACCCCCACCAUGCUAGCCAAGACCUUGGUGCAAAAGCUGCUGAAUUCUGGAGGGGCCAUGGAGUUCAACAUGUGCAAGCCAGACAUUGUAACAAAGGAGGAGUUCCUGAGGAAAGAAAGAACAGAAACCAUCAUCUUCUCCCGGGAAAAGAAUCCAAACACCUUCGAAUGCAUUGUUCCUGCCAAUAUUGAAGCUGUAGCUGCCAAGAAUAAGCACUGUCUGCUGGAGGCCGGGAUAAGCUGCACAAAAGAUUUGAUCAAAGCAAAGAUCUACCCCAUCGUUCUCUUCAUCAGAGUUUCAGAGAAGAAUAUCAAGAAAUUCAGGAAACUGCUGCCCAGGCCAGAGACCGAGGAGGAAUUUUUAAGGGUGUGCCGCCAGAAGGAGAAAGAGUUGGAAGCCCUCCCCUGUCUCUAUGCCUCAGUGGAGGUUGACAUGUGGAGCAGCGUGGAGGACCUCAUCCGAGUUAUCAAGGAGAAGAUAGGAGAGGAGCAGCGCAAAACCAUCUGGAUUGAUGAAGACCAGCUGUAAAACAGGCCUUGUGUUGAAUUGGACUUGUCAGUGAUGCACAGGCCCUGACCAAGCAGAGUUUGGGCAGGUAGAGCCCCUCAGGGCAUUGCCCGGGGCUCCUCAUGGCUUCUUUGCCAGCUCUGUUUUUGGGCUGCAGAUGGAGCAGAUGCAGACAGGAGGAGCUACUCAGGCCUGUGGGUAAUGGGAGCUCCAGGGACUGAGCUUCCACCCUGAUAAGCAGCCCCUCCACAGGAUCCCACUCCCCUUCCUCCCAACCCACUUCUACCACCAGGGACAGCAGCAGCUGCUUUAACUGUGGGGAUGGAAGAAAAUGCGGGAGGGAGUUAGGAGUAAUUUAUUCCACAUACUGCCUGGACCCCAUCCCAGUUGUUUAGCACUCCUGACAUUAUCAGAACACAGAAAUCUUCCAGGAGACAUGGACUCAGCCAAAGGACACUGAACCUGAGGCCUCUGGGUCCCCUCCCAGACCAGACUAGCAAUUGAAUGUAAUUCACCAGGGACUCUGCUCAUUGCCUGGUCAUACUGGAGUCCCCCAAAACAAGACCACAUCUCUCAACUGGCCAGGCUGGAGUGAAAGAGGUGUACUGCACUGUACUGAUGUUUAUUUUUUUGCAUUAAAGUCUCUCAAGUUCUUUAUUCUCCAUC